CCUCCGAAAGUGCUGGGAUCACAGGCGUGAGCCACCACACCUGGCCCAUUUACUCCUUUCUAUGAUGGAGGAAGUGAAAUAAGUUGAGAGGAAGGUGAGCCUGGAAAGGCAGGCAAGACUACUAGAUCAUUAAAAAUCCUGAAUUCCAUGCUAAAGAUCUUAGCUUUUAUUUAUCUUGUAGCUGAUCGAAAACAAACAAAAAUAAACAAGUAGAGUGAUGUAGUCAAGAAUUGCACUUUAGAAGGCUACUUUGGCGAUAGCGUGGAGAGUAAGAGAGGAUUUAGACUUCAGGUUGGUUGGUUCAUUUCUACUUAAUAUUUGCCUUUCUUUGGGGAGCUAUUUCUUUGAUAAGCAGGAAAAAGGAAUACUCAAGUCUCUGCUCCACAGGAGUUUAGAAUUGCUCGCCUGGUUUCCGCAUGGUUCUUUGGAGCGGCCUGAAUCAGUUUGUCCUAAAUUUAUUUGUCAUCUCCUUCCCCCCAUUGGAGUUUGGGAGGACUACUCUGAAGUGCCUCCUAAGAACAUUGGAUUUAAUCUAAUGCAUGAUUAACACCAAGAAAUUCUAGCCUCGACUGAUCUCCACUAAUCUCCAUUUGACCACUGACAUCCUCCUUUUGCUUUCUGCUGAAGUUAAAUUAUUGAACAGGUUAUUGGUGGCUUUUCUUUGGGUCUAGUUUUAGGGCAAGCUAGGCAGUUUAAUGCUUAACUGGUUUAAUUAACAUUUGUAGUGAUUAACCAUUUCUAAUUAUGAGCAAUUGAGAAACAGUGCUUCACAUUUUCUCCUCUUUAUUGCUCACGCUGCCCAUUACUACCCUUUCCCUACCUGACUUAUGCUGUUCUAACAAAAAUAUAUAAUUUGUAAAAUCUGGAUUGGUCCUACAGCAGAAUCAAGUUGAUCUGUGAUUGGCUCAUUAUGUGUUCAGAGAGCACAGGCAACUUUAAUUGAUGAUACUUGUGACUGGAGAGUACUGAUUGAAUAAAAUUUUUUUUAACCUCCAUCACCAUAAAGCUAUGUGGUGAAACACAUAUCUUUGGAUUUGGUUGAAGCACUUCUGGAUUUGGUUGAAAUCAGUAAAAGACAAAUUUGUGGUUAUCCAGAUUGUUACUUUUUAUGGAUAACCAAGUAAUGGAUAAGAUAAUUGGGUGUCUCAGCACAUGCCAACCAUAAUGGAUCAGGCAAGAAUUUAGCAGUGGUUUUUCCAUCAUUUUUUUAAUGAUAUUACAGUUUUCAUCCUUGUGCACAGCAAAUAUAUACUUACAUUGACAAAAAUCUAAGGAGUGGAUAGCAAGGGAACCUUGUUUUUUUACCAGUCAUCAAGCCAAAGGACUAUUUUCAAAAGUAAUGAUUUUGUUAUACCAUAGUAGUAUCAACCGUAACAACUUUUACAGGUGAGCUUAAAUAAAGGCUACAUAAUGUUAAUUUAGCUGAGUUUUAAAAUGUCCCUUGCUUUACUACCAGAUGUCAGUACUGAUAGGUAGUUGUGGAAUAAAACGAUUCUUUUGAUGUUACUGUAGGCCAGUACUUUGUAAGAAACAGCAGCAGAAAUUGGGAGGGUGCUAAGUAGGGAGAAAUCUGUGAGGCACUUGUACUUGGUGAAUAAAUGUCAUUUGGCGUUUAACUGCAGUUAUGAUGAACUGAAUAUUUUGUUAUAUAUAAGAAAUCAUGUGUUCCUUAAGUACUCUGUUUUUCCCCCACUUCUGUGUCUUACUUGCUUUUAGUUUGGUCAGAUAUUAUCGGCAAAGAAUUUGUCUGCUCUGCUACUCUAUACUAGACAUCUAUCCUUGUCCAAGUCAACUAUACUCUCAAUCUACUUCCUCAUUUUCAUAACUACUCUACCUGCCCCACAAGGUGUUUGUGAGUAGUGAAUGAGAAUACUUCUUGCUUUGAAAGCAAGAAGCAGUGUGGUGUAUUCGAAAGUAUAUGGUUUUUAGAGUCCAUCCUGGACCCUGCCACUCACCAGAUAUAGGUAUUAAGUCAGGUUACUUAAUCUUACUUCAAUAUCUUCAUCUAUAAGGAGUGGCAGGCUGGGGGCAGGAAUGACCCCUGUUUAACGGAGUUUUUCUGACAGCAAAAUGCCCCACUCAGUCUAAAGUAUUUUAUAUAUUAUUGUGCUCAUUUGGGCACUUAAGAGAUAGUAGCUGCUGCUACAAAUCCUGACCAUUACUCAAUACUUAGAUAUGCCACUUAAUCCUAUUACUGAAGAGAAAACUGAAGACAAAAGAGGUGAAAUGGUUUGCCCAAAUUAUACAGCUAGCUGGUGAGUGGCUUAGCUAUUGACUCAGACUCUUUCUGCUGUGUCACUUAGGCUACCAUUAAUAAGUGAUAAUGUGGGAAAAUAACAGCAGAAGGACUCUCCACCAACUACUUCUGAACUGACUUGUAGCUCUAACCUGAUGCACACUCUUCUGUAAAAUGUACUUACUGAUACCACGGGCCAACUGAACACUCAUAGCAGGGCAUAUACUUCUCUUGUCUUGGUUGGAUGCACAAAUCUGUGUGCAGUGCUUUUUGCCCGUUGCCUAGACGAUCACUUGGUUUCUCUGAGGAUGUCUGGUUCUCGUAAAGAGUUUGAUGUGAAACAGAUUUUGAAAAUCAGAUGGAGGUGGUUUGGCCAUCAAGCAUCAUCUCCUAAUUCUACAGUUGACAGCCAGCAGGGAGAAUUUUGGAACCGAGGACAGACUGGCGCAAACGGUGGGAGAAAGUUUUUAGAUCCAUGUAGCCUACAAUUGCCUUUGGCUUCAAUUGGUUACCGAAGGUCCAGCCAACUGGAUUUUCAGAAUUCACCUUCUUGGCCAAUGGCAUCCACCUCUGAAGUCCCUGCAUUUGAGUUUACAGCAGAAGAUUGUGGCGGUGCACAUUGGCUGGAUAGACCAGAAGUGGAUGAUGGCACUAGUGAAGAAGAAAAUGAAUCUGAUUCCAGUUCAUGCAGGACUUCCAAUAGUAGUCAGACAUUAUCAUCCUGUCAUACUAUGGAGCCAUGUUCAUCAGAUGAAUUUUUCCAAGCCCUUAAUCAUGCUGAACAAACAUUUAAAAAAAUGGAAAACUAUUUGAGACAUAAACAGUUGUGCGAUGUAAUUUUGGUCGCUGGUGAUCGCAGAAUUCCAGCUCACAGAUUGGUGCUCUCCUCUGUCUCAGACUAUUUUGCUGCCAUGUUUACUAAUGAUGUCAGAGAAGCAAGACAAGAAGAAAUAAAAAUGGAAGGUGUAGAACCAAAUUCAUUGUGGUCCUUGAUCCAGUAUGCUUAUACAGGCCGCCUUGAAUUAAAAGAAGAUAAUAUUGAGUGCCUGUUAUCUACAGCUUGCCUUCUUCAGCUUUCACAGGUUGUAGAAGCAUGCUGUAAGUUUUUAAUGAAACAGCUUCAUCCAUCCAACUGUCUUGGAAUUCGUUCUUUUGCCGAUGCCCAAGGUUGUACAGAUUUGCAUAAAGUGGCUCACAAUUAUACUAUGGAGCAUUUCAUGGAAGUAAUCAGAAACCAGGAAUUUGUAUUAUUACCAGCCAGCGAAAUUGCAAAGCUCUUGGCAAGUGAUGACAUGAACAUUCCUAAUGAGGAGACAAUAUUGAAUGCACUUCUUACUUGGGUCCGUCAUGAUUUGGAACAGAGACGGAAAGAUCUAAGUAAACUUUUGGCUUAUAUUAGGCUACCUCUUCUUGCACCACAGUUCCUGGCAGACAUGGAAAAUAAUGCACUUUUUCGGGAUGAUAUAGAAUGUCAGAAACUCAUUAUGGAAGCAAUGAAGUACCAUUUAUUACCAGAGAGACGACCCAUGUUACAGAGUCCUCGGACAAAACCUAGGAAGUCAACUGUUGGUACAUUAUUUGCAGUUGGGGGAAUCGAUUCAACGAAAGGAGCAACAAGCAUUGAAAAAUAUGAUCUCCGUACAAAUAUGUGGACUCCAGUAGCAAAUAUGAAUGGGAGGAGGCUACAGUUCGGUGUUGCAGUGCUAGAUGACAAACUGUAUGUGGUUGGAGGAAGAGAUGGACUGAAGACUUUGAAUACUGUAGAGUGCUACAACCCCAAAACAAAAACUUGGAGUGUGAUGCCACCUAUGUCCACACACAGACAUGGCCUUGGUGUGGCUGUACUAGAAGGUCCCAUGUAUGCUGUAGGAGGACAUGAUGGCUGGAGCUAUCUGAACACGGUGGAAAGAUGGGACCCUCAGGCUCGCCAGUGGAAUUUUGUUGCCACUAUGUCUACCCCCAGGAGUACAGUAGGUGUGGCAGUACUAAGUGGAAAACUUUAUGCAGUUGGUGGUCGUGAUGGAAGCUCUUGUCUCAAAUCAGUAGAAUGUUUUGAUCCUCAUACUAAUAAGUGGACACUGUGUGCACAGAUGUCAAAAAGGAGAGGUGGCGUAGGAGUGACGACCUGGAAUGGACUGCUGUAUGCUAUAGGGGGGCACGACGCUCCCGCAUCCAACAUGACUUCCAGACUCUCAGACUGUGUGGAGAGAUAUGAUCCCAAAACAGACAUGUGGACUGCAGUGGCAUCCAUGAGCAUCAGCAGAGAUGCAGUGGGGGUCUGUUUACUUGGCGAUAAGUUAUAUGCUGUUGGGGGGUAUGAUGGACAAGCAUACCUUAAUACCGUGGAGGCUUAUGAUCCCCAGACAAAUGAGUGGACCCAGGUUGCUCCACUUUGCCUAGGAAGAGCUGGAGCUUGUGUUGUGACUGUAAAAUUAUAAUUUAGUGCUCUGUUUUCUACAUGAAGACACCGUCUUCCUUUAUUAAUUUAGUAUAAUUAUUCUAUCAAUGGAUACAUUUUUAGUAAACGUGCAUUGUCACAAUCCUGGGCACAAAGUGCCUGAUCUCAAAGUGAAGAUAGUAAAACAAAGGAGGAAGCAGUGGAUGGACCAGGAUUAAUUCCUUUCAUUUCUUAGUAAAUUAAAACAUGCAGCUGGUGGAUUGUGAACACACAUUCCUGAUGUAAUAUGUGAGGACAAAUGCACUGCCCUGGAACAUAACCCAGUGCUAACUGGGGGUUUCACUUAAUUCAGUCAAGCACAUCUUACUCACAUCCAGAUUUAUUUUCCUACAGUGCAGACACACCAGAUGAAACUUUAAAAUGCUACUUUUUGUAAGCUUAUCAUACAUGAGUUGCAGUAAUUUGUUUGCUUGUUUAACCACAACCACUAUUUUAAUGAUACACUAAAGAUAACACUAUUUAGUUUUUUCAGAAACAUCUGCAUUAUAUGUGUGUUGGUUGUGGAUUUUGUUUCUAAAAUUGGCUUAGUCCAAUAAAUAAAGAAAAGCAUUAAGGACUUAAAGCAACAAUAACCAAAUAAAAACUUGAUAGGAUCUUUGAAGUCUAUUUAAAUAUUCAUUCCAUUACAUCUAGACUCACCAAGAACUACAUGUUAUGAUGUUAAGUUGAAGUUGAAACAUGAUGUUUUGCAUUAAAUUUAAGAUAUGCAAAUUUAUGUAGAGAAAAUAAAUGUUAUAUACCCUAUAAUGUUCUUUCACCUAAUUAGUAUUUAAUUAUAUGGAUUUGUUUUAUAUUAUAAAAGAUGUUUGAUUUUGUCUUUUGAUAUUGACAAAAUUGUUUGGAUAUCCUUAUGUUCUGAAGUCUGUAUCUGCCUCCCCUGCCUUAUUUCUUAUGUUUUGCCACAGUUAACCCAUUGUGCUUCUUUGUAAUCAAAGUUUGUGGGGGAAUGGGCUUAUUGAAUGUCUAAAAACUAAGUUUAAAGUGUUUGUUACCCUAAGUUUUUUACAUUUGUAACUCUGAUUACAUAUGUGAAUGUUAUUACUCUCAGUGAAUUGUUAUUGUUUGCAAAAAUGCACUGGGCAGUAGCAUUUUGUGAUAAAUCCUACAAGAUAUAAGUCA